CGAAACCCCAGCUGCACAAAUUUUGUUUUCCUGAAUUUCAGAUUUCUUCAGUAAUUUUCGGGAAAUAUAUAUGUGAAAAUGAAUUACAAAGAUUGUUGUCGUACAUGCCUUGGGAAAACUAAAGAAAUGCGCCAUAUUAACUCGUCUAUCACCAUCUCUGGGCACGAUGUUCGAUUAACAGAUAUUUUGUAUAAUUUCUACAAUUAUCAGUUGCCGGAAGAGCAGCUAUACCCUGAAAAUAUCUGCAUAAAUUGUGUUCACCAUCUCACACUAACUCAUUCCUUCAAGCUCCUCAUAGAAUCCAGUGCGAGAACAUUGACUGAACAAUUAAAUGUCUUCGACAGUGCAAGCGACAAUAACGACUGUGACUUCGAUCUAGACUACAAACCAGAAACAAGAAACAAAAUAGACACUUACAAACCAAAAUCCUUACCUAAAAACUACAAAAUCAGACCAAUAUCAACAGCCAAUAAAAAUGUUCCUAGAAGACAUCUCAUAUUUAAGAGAGGUCCCGAUAAGAAACUACUUUUCUGUGUUGAAUGCAAAGCAGAAUAUCACACUCAAAUGGCUCUAAAAGAACACUGUCAUAAUAAUCACCCAGCAAAGUCGCUAACUGGUAGAGAAUGUGAAAAUUGUAACGAAAGGUUUGAAGAUUUUAAAGAUCUGAUCAUACAUCGGAAACUUCACAUGAGACCAUACUUAUGCCUUACUUGUUGGGGUGGUUAUUACAAUGAGAAUGAUUAUAACAGUCAUUCGUGUCAGGCGAACCAACCGCGACGAAGUAAAGAGAGUGAAAAAACAUUACGCCAAUGUGACCAGUGUGGAAAGUCUUAUCCUCAAGGCUAUAUUAAAGUUCAUAUGAUGACGCAUGGUACAGAUAAAAGAUAUAGCUGUAAGUACUGCCCAAAGAAAUUUAAAGUAGCAAAUGGACUAAAUUCACACGUAUUGUGGAAUCAUAAAAGAACUAGAAACCAUAAAUGUGAAGUUUGCAAUGCUACGUUUAUAUCUGCUAGCGCUAAAAGCACUCAUAUACGAAAAAAUCACUUGAAAGAAAAGAAAUACGGGUGCGAAAGCUGUGUAAAACGAUUUUUUUCUAAAUCAGAGCUUCAACGUCACAUGUUAACUCAUACGGGUGUGAAGAAUUUUCACUGUCACCUAUGUGAUAAAUCAUAUCAGACAAGAUACGGAUUGAAUGUGCAUUUGAAGUCACAUUCUCACAAUGUGUCCAUCAAUGUAUUGAAUUUAUAAUGUAACAUUCACAGAGAUGUAGAAAUAUUAAUUGCAUUUAAAAUCAUAGAAACAGCUUUAUUAUUAUUAAGGGCCGGUGUAGCCCCCUCAUCACUGGCCAAUCACCACUGCUUACACCCAAGCCAAGACUGACAAUAUUAAUUUAACUAAAAGAUUUUGCGAAUCUAGAAACAAUAUUCCACAAUAAGAUAUUUUACAAGCAUAGAAAGUUAAAUGCAUUGUUGCAAUAAAAGAUACAUAUAAAUCAGAAUUUAAAGUACGUGCUUAUAAAAUAAAAUAGUUAAAUGGUAUUCUGGAAACAGAAGAUAGAAAUGG